AUGGGUAUUAUAGAUACACCAGGUUUAAACGAUACUGCUGGUGUGAAGCAAGAUGCUUGUAAUUUUGUUUCGAUAAAAAGAUUUUUCGAAACACAUCCAGGCUUACCUGAGCAGUCUACUUAUCCUAAUCUUGUAUUUUUGGUGGUGAACGUGAAUGAUACACGGGUCAAGGGUGAGAAUAGCAGUCUUUCAAAAUGCCUUAGAGGGAUUAAAUUGCUUGAAGUGGUUGACACAAGACAUCCAAAUCUUGUUGUGGUUGUAACACAUUGCUGUUCUGUUGGUUACAAAAAUUUGAGUAAGUGGAGAGACAAGAUAAAAGAAAAGAAAGAUGCAAUUUCGGCUACCGUGUUUGAAGUGCUUGGCGUCUUAGCACCUGUCGUAUUGAUAGAAAAUGAUUUUGAAAGCUAUGAUCUUAAGAAGGCAGGUGGUUUUACAAUUCUUCCUAAUGGCGACAGACAGCCUAAGAAUUUAUACGACGCCUGUGCAGAGCUGCUUGAUAGAAAUAAAGAUCACUUUGGUCUGUUGGUGUUUAAUUCUUGUUUCACAGGAGCAAAAAAGGAUAGGCCAACAGGUCAUAAAGUUGAGGCGAAAGAUUCUAAAAGUGAAGAAUUAUCAGAUGAAGAGGAAGAAUUUGGAAAUGCUUUUAGCGAUGCUGCAAAAGGAGGUUUGAAUCCAAUGGCGAUUUAUGCGAUGGAAUAUGUUAAAGAAAACAAACUUGACAAAACACAACAGGAGAAAGUUUUAAAACUGGGGACCUGGAUGAACUCUAUGGGUUUGUCAAAGGAAGAGAAAUUACAGUCUGUAACAUUGGCAGCAAUAUAUUGUCUUUAUGACGGGGAGAUUACUGACCAUUGCAUCGAAAUGCUGAAACAGAAAUUUGGAAUUAGAAAUGGAAGUAAUUCGUAUACUUCAGCUGAACUUGUUGGCCGAGGAUAUAAUAUCUUAUUAGACAAAACCGUCUCCGCUGAUAUUUUCAAGUUUUCGGCUGACAGUGUAAAACGAACGAAAUAUGGUUUUAAUGUCCCGGCUUGUGCUCAAAUCAUCAAAGCCAAUGAUACCCAAGAAUUUCAAAUGAACUUUCAGUCCGAUAAAUUGUGCGUGGAGAAUAGAUUAAAAAAUCUCGGUUUAAGCCUGGAUUUUGCACAGAGCAUGAUAAGAAUGGCGCCCAAGUUCAAAGCGAGUGCAAAUCAGAAGGAAAAUGGCAGCAGCAAGUCUACCAGGACCACCAAGAUAUCAUUAAAAGAACAUCGAAUUGCUAAGAUUCUUAUUGGAAAUUUUGAGUCCCAAGAGAUCUCCUUCACAGAUGAUUUUGUGUCUGCUGUUAAAAAAUUACCUGACCAAUACACAGGCGACGAAAAAUGCAAGGACGAUUUUAUCAACUUUUUCAAUCGUUUCGGUCAUUUCGUGGUCACUUCAGCUUAUUUUGGCGGAGCGGUUGAGGUAAAAACUUGUACUGAAGGUUUAGAAUCAUCAAAACAAGGUGAUGACUCAAUAGAUGGAUCAGUUGGUGCGGAUCUAAGUGGAGUUAUCGGAGCUAAAGUGGGUCCCAAGUACCAGGUAUCGACAGAGAGUGCAAAGAAUACUGUCUUGGAUAAAACCGAGACACGGUGGUAUGGAGGUCGGAGUGACCUGCAUAAAAAAAGCACACUACACUCUGAAGAGAACUUCCAAGAGUGGAAACUGUCCCUCUCCAAAGAGCCAGCGAUGUUGACGACUGAAAUGACUCUGGAGAAUAUUUCUACUGUGGUCGCCAUCAUUGAUAAGAAGAAAGGAGAAGUUUGCAAACAAGCACUGCGUAGUCUUUUUGAUGAUAAAGUUCUACAACCUGUUCGUGAUCAAAAAGAGAGAUAUCAACUGGAGGAAAGAAAGAAGAAAGAUAAAGACGACGAAGAGCAACGUAGAAAAGAAUCAAACACGAGAGAAGAAUCAAUAAAGCUGCCUGAUACUAAGGGAUGGCGGGAAACCAUCACAGGAAAUGUUUACGCAAUCGGUGCAGGAGUUCUUGUGGUAUUAGGUGUUGGUGUUGUGGCUAUAUUCUCAAAGCGCUGAAAUUACCAUAUAUGCAUGUUAAUUGUAAGUCUCAUAAAUCAUAUAUAAGCAAAGGACAUGCAGUAUUGUUAGUCACUACCGUAUGAGGCAUGUAUAGUAGCUAGUAUGCUAAUAUUGUUGUAUGUAGGUAAUUUACAUAUCAACUUAGUUUUAGCUAUUUUAGUUUUUAGGUCUAGUUAAUAAAUUGACUAGCUUUGAUACUGUUUCAACGCUGU